AUGAGAAACUUGAUCACCUUGAACAAAGGUAAAUUGAGAGCGGUGAGCUCUCCUUAUCGAGAAGAGAAUUCAGAUGUUACAAUCAGGUUGAUCGAUAGUGUUUUUGAUUCAUUAUCUGAUAGUGUUACAUGUGUAAUUGGUGCACUGGAUGUGGGCCUGAUUGAAGUUCACCAGUUUAUGAAAACUGGCAAAAAAAAUGUAUUGGCAUCCUUUAAUCUGGAUACAUUCGAUGAUGUUCUGCUGAGUUUUGUGCAUUUUGCAGAUGUUAAUCAAUUAGCUUUUGUAUUUAAGCAGGGAGAUAUCAUCACAGCGACCUACGAUUCAAGUAUGUAUGACCCAUCCGAAACGAUUGUGGAGAUAGUGGGUACCAUCGAUAAUGGUAUUGAAGCCGCCGAUUGGUCAUAUGAUGAAGAGACUCUAGCGAUCGUUACAACGGAUCGCAAUGUGAUUCUUUUAAGUAAACUUUACGAACUAAUAUCAGAGUACAAUAUGCAGAAGGAAGAUCUAAAAAAAUCCAAACAUGUUACUGUUGGCUGGGGUAAAAAAGAGACACAAUUUAGAGGACGAGGUGCAAGAGCGAUUGAACGGGAUGCUUUGGCAGAUCUGAAGACCUCCGGGUUCGUAGGUAGUGGUCUAAGGGAUCCCACCAUGCCUUAUGUAGUGGAUAUCGGAAAUAUUACCAGUCUGGACACGCACGAAAUCAAUAUCUCAUGGAGGGGAGAUUGUGAGUAUUUUGCGAUUUCUUCAGUCGAAACUGUAACCAACGUUGACGAAACACCGGAGAAGCUGGAAAGAAGAGCAAUCAGAGUCUUUACUCGUGACGGUCAACUGGAUAGUGCAUCGGAACCGGUUGACGGUAUGGAGCAGAGCUUAAGUUGGAGGCCUCAGGGCUCGCUAAUCGCCAGCAUUAGGCGCAGUGUUAAUUUAGAAGAUGAAGAAGCGCUGGAACUGAUUUUCUUCGAAAGGAAUGGUUUAAGGCAUGGGGAGUUUGACACAAGAUUGGCUCUGGAUGAGCAGAUACUCUCAUUAUGCUGGAACUGUAGCUCGGAAGUUUUAACAAUUGUAUUGAAAGAUAGGAUUCAACUGUGGGUCACAAAGAAUUAUCAUUGGUAUCUGAAACAAGAAGUAUCUGUCUCUAAUGUUCAAUUUGUAAAAUGGCAUCCUGAAAAGGAUUUAACUUUGAUGUACGGCAGUAAUGACAUUGUUAAUGUAGUCGACUUCGCUUAUAAGAUGGCACAAGGCCCUACUUUCGAACCAUUCGACAUCGGUACCACGGUUGUAGUGGAUGGAAAAACAGUGAAUAUAUCGCCCUUGGCAAUGGCAAAUGUACCACCUCCAAUGUAUUAUAGAGAUUUUGAGACAUCAGGAAAUGUCAUUGAUGUUGCUGUUAGCUUGUCUAAUGAAAUAUUUGCUGCUCUUGAUAAAGAAAGCCUAGUUUUGGCAAGUGUCCCAAGUUUAGAAGAUAUGAAAGGUGGGCAACAUCCAACUAUUUCCUCUAUUUACCCAAUUUCUGAUUUCUCUAGUGAACUAGAUGAAGUCCGUCAACUUGCAUUCAUCAAUGAUUCAACUGUUGGUGUAUUAUUAGACAGUGAUAACUUUUCAAGAAUAGCCUUAAUUGAUGUUCAGGAUGUUACACAACCAACGCUGGUUAAAAUCAUCGAUACUUUUGACAAGGUUGUUAUAUUGAGAAGUGCAUUUGACUACAAUAAGUUGGUAUAUGAAACGCGUGAUGGAUCAAUUAUGCAAUUAGAUGCAGAAGGACAGAAUGAAAGUAUAUCCAAGUUUCCUUAUCUUGUUCGUGAUUUUAGGGUCAAGCGCAUACACAACUCGCUCAAUGAUGAUAUGGGGCAGUGGUCAAGUGACAGUUCAAAGUUGGUAGCUUUCGGACUCACAGGCAAUGGAAAACUCUAUGCGAAUGAUGUGUUACUAGCAUCAGCUGUUACUUCAAUGGAAAUUACAAACUCGCUUUUGCUAUUUACAACCGCACAACACAACCUUCAUUUUGUCCAUUUAAACAGUUUUGACUUCAAGCCGCUACCAACUGUGGAGAGUGGCGUUGUGGAUGAGAGGGUUCGUGCAAUAGAGAGGGGUUCUUUGCUUGUAACAGUCAUUCCGUCAAAAUCUGCUGUUAUUCUUCAGGCUAGCCGUGGUAAUUUAGAGACCAUUUACCCACGUAUUAUGGUUCUAGCUGGUGUACGUAAAGAUAUUAUGAACAAGUCCUAUCGUAAGGCGCUCCAAUACUGUCGCACGCAGAGAAUAAGCUUGGACAUCUUGCAUGAUUAUGCUCCUGAACUUUUUUAUGAAAACUUGGAGCUUUUUAUCAACCAAGUAGAGGAAGUGGAUUAUCUGAACUUUUUCAUCUCAUGUCUAAGUGAGGACGACGUCACAAAAACCAAAUAUAAGGAAACUCUGCAUUCCGGCAUUUCACAAGAGUUUGAGCUAGAACCUGCACCUUUGACGGAAAUGCAGCUUUACAUGAAAAAGAAACUGUUCGACCCUUCUAAAUCAAAGGUGAACAAGAUUUGUCAAGCACUCCUUGACGUUUUACUGAGUAAAGAAGCAUACAAAAAGAAAUAUAUUCAAACUAUUAUCACUGCUUACGCAUCGCAGAACCCUCAAAACCUUGAGGACGCAUUGAAAUUGAUCGCCACAGUUGAAGAUUCGAAGGAAAGAGAUUCAUGUGUUACUUACUUGUGUUUUUUGCAAGAUGCAAACGUUGUUUAUAAGGUUGCGUUGUCUAUCUAUGAUGUGAAACUUGCCGUCUCGGUCGCACAAAAAUCACAAAUGGAUCCUCGUGAAUACUUGCCAUUCUUGCAGUCACUAUAUGACAAUGGACCGCUCCGUCGCCAAUUUCUGAUUGAUGACUAUCUAAAAAAUUAUGAGAAAGCAUUACACCAUUUGGCUGAAAUUGAAAAAUCUGAAGAAGGUGUCUCGUCGGAGACUAUUGAAUAUGUUUGCAUGCAUGGCCUAUACAAGCAUGCCUUACACGUGUAUCGAUAUGAGAAGAACAAGCAAGACAUGAUUUAUCACAUAUUUGCAAAAGAUUUGUCGUCAAGACAAGAAUAUGCAGAUGCUGGUAUCAUAUAUGAAAUGCUAGAUGAAUAUAAAGAGGCAAUGAGCGCAUAUAUCUUAGCCAAAAAAUGGCGUGAGGCUCUGUCAAUUGCACAAGCACACUACCCGGAUGAACUCUUUGCGGUUGCCGAAGAACUUGUAUCAUCGCUGCAUUUCGAACAUAGAUACACAGAUACUGCAGCAAUUCAAUUAGAGUUUCUCGACAAUAUCGAGCAGUCGUUGGUAGAUUACUGCAAAGCAUAUAAAUACGAUACAGCUUGCUUAGUAGCGACGUCGAAAGGCAAGUCAGAGUUGAUCGAAAAAUUCGUGGAUCCUGGUUUAGGUGAAGGUUUCGGUGUCGUUGCCGAACUUCUGGCUGAUUGUGAAAGACAAGUUCAUUCUCAACUGAAAAGAUUAAGAGAGCUUCGUGCAAAGAAGGAAGAGGAUCCAUACGCGUUCUAUGGGCAAGAAGCUGAGCAGAAUGAUGAUGUUUCUAUAGCUCCUUCCGAAACUUCGACAAAGGAAUCAUUUUUCACCAGAUAUACGGGUAAAACCGGUGGAACUGCGAAAACAGGAGCAUCCAGACGCACUGCAAAGAAUAAGCGUCGUGAGGAGCGGAAACGUGCCAGAGGAAAGAAAGGUACUAUUUAUGAAGAAGAAUAUUUAGUUAAGUCGAUUGGAAGGCUGAUAGAAAGGUUGGACCAUACCAGGUCAGAUGCAUCGCAAUUGAUUAAUGGACUAUGCAGACGUUCAAUGAAAGAACAAGCGUAUCAGAUACAAAAGAAUUUUGUUGAUUUGAUUGAGCUGCUUAAAGCAAACGUUAAAGAAAUAUACAAUAUCAGUGAAAAAGAUAGAGAGAGAAUUGACGAAAAUGGUGAAGUCUACUUUAUUCCAGAAAUACCAGUUCCAGAUAUUAAAGAAUUCGUGAAAAGCAAAGUUGUCGAUUUCUGA